GCGCGGUUGCGGUGGCAGCGGGGAAGAUGGCGGCGGUGAUUCAAAACGUUGUGAAGAACAUCGGUGAGCAGUACUACAAGGAUGCCAUUGAGCAAUGUCACAACUACAAUGCCAGGCUGUGUGCGGAGAGGAGUGUGAGACUGCCUUUCCUCGACUCCCAGACAGGAGUGGCACAGAGUAACUGCUAUAUCUGGAUGGAGAAACGGCACCGGGGACCUGGAAUGGCCCCAGGACAACUGUACACUUAUCCUGCCCGUCGCUGGAGGAAGAAGAGGCGAGCUCACCCCCCUGAGGACCCUCAUCUCAGCUUCGCAGCUCUCAAACCAGAGCUUGAUUUGGGGUUGAAGAAGGACAGUCUGGUGCCCCCUGAUGGCAGUAGUCUGGAGGCAUUGCUGCGAGGGGAGGCAGUGGAUAAACAGCGAGGACUAUCCGACCACCGAGAUGACGACAGCCUUAAUGACUACCCUGUGAACAACAGCAGAGCGAGGAAGAGAAUCCUGGAUCCGGAUGAUUUCCUGGACGAUCUGGAUGAUGAAGAUUAUGAGGAAGAUCUCCCGAAGCGGCGGAGUAAAGGCCGAGCCAAGGGUAAAGGAGUUGGCAGGAGUGCGAGAAAGAAAGCAAUGGAUGCUGCUGCAAUUGAGGAUCGAGAGAAACCAUAUGCUUGUGACAUCUGUGGCAAGCGUUACAAGAAUCGCCCGGGCCUCAGCUAUCACUACGCACAUUCCCACCUGGCGGAUGAAGAGGGGGACGAUGAGAAAGACCUGGAACCUCAGAUCCCCAUAUCCCACAGAAGGGAGGAACGUAAGUUGGGUCGACCUCCAGGCGACUUCAGAAAAUUGAAAGCAGCAAAGAAAGGACCCGAUGGUUUGGCUUUGCCCAACAAUUACUGUGAUUUUUGCCUGGGUGAUUCAAGACUAAACAAGAAGACAGGACAGUCGGAGGAGCUGGUGUCGUGCUCUGACUGUGGCCGUUCAGGACACCCUUCAUGCCUCCAGUUCACACCAGUGAUGAUGGCUGCAGUGAAGACUUACCGGUGGCAGUGUAUCGAGUGUAAAUGCUGCAACUUGUGCGGCACCUCAGAGAAUGAUGACCAGCUCUUAUUCUGUGAUGACUGUGACCGUGGCUACCACAUGUACUGCCUUACCCCACCAAUGUCGGAGCCCCCUGAAGGAAGCUGGAGCUGUCGUCUGUGCCUGGAUACUCUGAAGGAAAAGGCCUCAAUUUACCAAAACCCCAACCCUCCUCCCUCCUAAUGCACCCGUUUGGAAGUGUAGGGGCUCUGGCGGGGGCAGGGUAUAAGGAGGGCAUCAAGUGGCAUUACAAGUGUUGUUAGUCAGUAAAAGUCAGCAGCAGUGAGUAGCACUGUCUGCCACUCUCAGACAGUCACCUGUAGAGGCUUGUGGCUGUGUGUGUGUGUGUGUCUGUGUGUGUGUUCCUGUGUGUGUGUAGGGGGUGCUGAGUGUGUGUUGCUGUGUGUGUGUGUAGGGGGUGCUGUGUGUGUGUGUUCCUGUGUGUGUGU